CUCCUCUCAGCGGCCGUUAUGAAUACCUGACAGACACUAUGGUCUUAGUGAGCUGCCCGAUUCCAUUGAAUUCCCCAUCUUUCAUUGACACUUCUCCUUGCUUUAGCAGCGGAAAUUAUUCGUACCUAGCUCCUGCCAGAAAAACGGGUUUAGGGGAUUUGCAGGUUGGUUGCAGCAUAGUGAAGUCAGUUUUGGUACCAGCAGGACGAAAUUAUACGUCGUAUGAAGAGAUUCAUCAGGAUCUCUUUUCUGGCUUUGAACUCUACUGGGAUCGUGCAGCUGCCCCUGCACAUUAUGUGUAUAUGUGUGAAAUUUACCACUUCUUGAGGAUUAAUCACGGUUCAUGCAGGCAAGUUGAUGCUAGAAAAGUUCGCGCUGUUGUCGUCCAAAUAUUGUAUACUUUAAAGGGAUCCGGUUUGGAUAUAAUCUAUCUGAUCUGUCUCCUUCAAGCAGCAAAGGCAUCAAUAGGGGCUCCAUUUAUGAUUGCAUUGCUGAUCUACACAUGGCGAAGGAGACAUUUAUCAGCUUACGACAAAGUAGAAGACUUCCUGAAGAACCAUAACAACCUCAUGCCUAUAAGGUAUUCUUGCUCCGAGAUUAAGAAGAUGACAGGGGGGUUUAAGGAGAUGUUAGGAAAAGGAGGCUUCGGUGCAGUAUAUAAAGGAAAGCUCCGUAGUGGUCAUUUUGCUGCUGUAAAAAUGUUAUUGAACUCAAAAGGUAACGGAGAAGAUUUCAUUAGCGAAGUUGCAACCAUUGAAAGAAUUCAUCAUGUAAAUGUGGUGCAACUGAUUGGUUUUUGUGUGGAGGGGUGUAAGCGGGCUCUUGUGUAUGAAUUCAUGCCAAAUGGCUCUCUUGAUAAAUAUUUGUUGUCUCAAGAAGGAUUGACCUCGACAAUGUCUUGGGAGGAAAUGUUUCGGAUCUCUGUAGGGGUUGCUCGUGGCAUUCAGUAUCUACAUCAAGGCUGUGAUAUGCAAAUACUUCAUUUUGAUAUCAAGCCCCAUAACAUUCUCC